CCAACAGAAGGAGAUUUCACACCUUCCGAGAGAUUUCAAUGGUAUGAUAAUCGGGUGGCACUACCAGUCCACCUCGAUUCGUCAAGCCAGCAUGAAGGAUGCACGAGAUCAAAGAGGGUUCAAAUAGAAGUUUUCCCUAUCGCUCACCUAUUCCAUAUAAUUCCUUAAAGUUGCCCACGAGGUUAUUGGAUUUCUUUCCCAUUCCUGUUGUAGUGCUAUUCUCCUUACUAGCUAAUAACGACAAUCAGCCAUGGCUCCCCAAAAGGUCAUCAUUAUCGGAGGCUCUGUUGCCGGUCUUCUCCAAGGAUUACAACUCAAGCGCCAAGGUAGCCAUGUCGUUGUGCUGGAGCAAGACCCAUCUAAAGACAGAGCUAGCCAUGAGUCGGGCGUGUCCAUUGGAAAAACGGUGGUAUCAAUCCUUGACAAGUAUGAUGCAACUGGACGUCCAGCAGCCAUUCCGGCGGAAUACAUGAGUGCUGCGUGGCGCCGACGUCUCCGGGUAGCCAACACAACAUGGCAUCACAACAUGAGCAACUGGGGAACUCUCUAUCUUAUCCUCAGAGCUAACUUUGACGGACUCAAGUCCGGAUGUGUGCCGAACCCACCCGAGCCGAAGCCUACCGAUGGCAAGGUUGAAUACCAUUCUGGAAAGCAGGUCUAUGGUGUGAGCUAUGAUAAAGACAAGGGUAUCGUCACUGUGUCAUAUGCGGACGUUACCACUGGCGAGAAGGAUAGUGUUAGCGCGGAGAUGGUCAUCGCCGCGGAUGGGGUUCACUCAACUGUCAGAAAGUUGAUGCAAGCCCCUACGCGAAAAGAGUAUUCCGGGUACAUUGGUUGGAGAGGGACCGUGCCUGAGCGCUUGCUGUCUAAGAGUACGAUCGAGUACUUUUCGAAUCGCCUGAAUUUCUCGUUGCUGGGAGGUCAUUAUUUCAUCAGCUAUCUAAUUCCUACCGAGGCUGGCCACGUUGAACCGGGCAAGCGUCUCAUCAAUUGGGUCUGGUACUACGUCGUGCCAGAUGGGUCGCCUGAGAUGGAAGCUAUAUUCACCGACGUGGACGGAAAAGUACAUCCUAACACGGUUCCUCAGGGGCUCGUCAAUCCGAACGUAUGGAAAGCCCAACUUGCGCGUUGGAGCUCUACUAUGACGGCCCCCCUUGCUGAACUGGUGUCCAACACUCCUAAGCCGUUUGUCACCAAGGUCAUCGAGGCGCAAACUACUACGGCCAGCUUCUACGAUGGCCGUUUGGUCCUAGUUGGUGACGCGUUCACCGGUUUUAGGUCCCACUUGGGAUGGGCGUCUGAACAAGCUGCGCGUCACGCCGUCUCGCUAGAUAAGGUCUGGCGUGGAGAGAUCACUAUGAAGCAGAGGGAUGAGGAAGCGAUCUUGUACGCCCAACGCUUCAUUUAUCUCAAUCGCAUGAUGGGCUUUUCAGGUCUUGGCUGGAUGUUAUCAUUCCUUAGAAAUGCGCUGGGUUACGUGUGGGUGAUGUUCCGUCAUUAUAUCGGAGUUCUGCUCGCGUAAAUGAUAGGAUGGC